AUGUUGAAGAAGAAAACAAAUAAGAAAAUGAAGAAAACAAAUAAGGAGGCACAGAACAUGGACAAUUUAUUUUAUACAGAAAAUGGACAAGUGAACAAUGAGGAAAAUGUUAUUAGGAAGAGUGAAGUGGGAGGAGUGAAACGGAAGGUAGGCACACAAGCAGUAAUCGUAGAAGAUUUACACACAUGGAAAGACCUGGAUGAAGGAGAGUUAAUUAUAAAAAUAAAAACUCUGAAUGGUCUUAUCAGUUCUGACCUAAUGUAUAGUAUAUGGAAUAGUGUGUACAACAUCAUGAGGAACAAAUGUUUUUACAGGGAAGAAAAAAUAUGGGUUUUUUGCGAAAAAAUUGCCAAUUCCUACCGCGUCCCGAAAGAGUCUAAAAUGAAUAUAUGGUCCAAGGUGUAUUACCAAAUGAAGGAAGAAACAAUAAAAACUGAAAAACUUGAGUUUAACAAAAUUUACCCUUUUAUUGAUAAUGGGAUGUGUGAACAUGAAGUUUUUAUUAAAUUUAUAUUUGAUGAAUUAGAAUUGUGGAAGAAGAAAAUGAAGAGUAUCCAAAGCAAAUGGAUGCAUUUGCUGUUUUUAAAUUUGAAGUUUUAUAGGACGAGGAACAUGAUUCUCCUCAACAGAUUAUGA